AAAAAACCCCCAGUCUCUCAUACAGCUGUACGCGCUGGCAAUUCCCAGCAAUACUUCCUGGUUGCUAUUUCCUUGUAUCGAAUGUAAUAUUGUGCAGUUAGUGAUGGUAAAAGUCAGACCUGAAGGAGGUAAAAGGCAGAAGUUGACGAGGUUUCAGUGACAACCUAUCUACAUCCACCGAGCGACGCAACAAGCAGUGCAGACGGAGGGUACUUCUGCGACCCAGAGCCAAAGUGUAGGUUGCAACCGCUGUCAGUGCUGAGGCGGUGUAUUAACUGAAGCUGCAGGGAAGUGAGUGCCGGUAAUACACGUUCCACCGGAGUCGAGAUCUAAAAUCAAUCAUGGCCUUCGCGGUAAUUCGCGUGUUGAUGGUGGCUGUGGUAUUUGUGAUAACGAGUGCAUUGGGCUUCGCUGAAGUGAAGCCUGGAUUCAAAGCACGGAUCAGCCAGUCCGGGCUGAACUACCUGCGAGAUGCUGGCCUGCAGAUACUGAGGGAAGAAAUCAUCAAGAUGGACAUUCCUGACCUCAGUGGUGAUGCCCAUGUGCCUGUGGUUGGCUCGAUUAGCUAUACGAUCUCCGACAUGCAUAUCACAAGUUUUUCCAUUUCGUCGGCCGUCCUGACCACAUCGGCUGGAGUUGGCGUCGUUCUGCAGGCCAACGGAAUAUCGCUGUCUUUGCACGGGAACUGGCGUUACAGAAAUCACGGCUGGAUUAGAAUCAGUGACAGCGGUUCUUUUGAUGCCAGCUUGUCCGGUGCACAUCUUGCUCUGACACUGCGAAUCGGUAUCGACCAGGCCGGACGUCCAACUGUUAGUUCAGCUAGCAGCGAUUGCUCCUUCAAUUCAGGGAGCGUUCACGUCAAGCUGCACGGCGGUGCUAGCUGGCUUUAUAACUUGUUUUCGGGUAGCAUCAACAAGGCCAUUGAAAACUCCCUCAACAAACAGACCUGUUCCGUGGUAAUUAGAGAGGUUAAUACGGAUCUGGCGAGGCAGUUUUCCACACUGAAGACCGAAGCAGCCAUUGACAGGUACGCCGUCAUCGACUAUUCCUUCGUGUCUCGUCCCGAAUUCUCCGGUCACAUCGACACCGCUCACAAGGGCGAGGUCUUUCCACGGGGCAAACCCCGCACUGAGGCCCCUUUCAACGUGCCCACGAUCCCGGCCGAUCCGGACGUUUCCCACCAUGCUUUCCUCUGGAUCACUGACUACCUGUUUGAGACGGCUGGAUAUGUGUACUACAAGGCCGGCAGGUUUGCGUACAACGUCACCCAAGAUAAGCUACCCAAAGGCCCCUUUAGCUUCAACACUUCAUCAGAGGUUAUGAAGCGUACCCUUCCAGAGGUGUGCAAGAAGUAUCCCAACAUGCUGUUACAAGUUAACGCCAAGGCGACAGCGCCACCAGUCGUCCGCAUCAGUGAGGCUAAUUUCAACGUCUUACUCAAGGUCGACUUGGAUUUCUUUGUCAUCUUGCCCAGCAAAUCACUCGCGUAUCUUUUCACCCUGAACGCGACAGUGAACGGCUCCACCCUGCUGUCGUGUAAUGGGACCAACCUGUUGUGGUCGUCAAAUUCGUUGGAUGUUGAUAUCAGCUUGAAGAAGUCUGCUAUCGGGAAGAUCGAGGUAAAACCUCUCUCCGAAGCUGUUCACUUCUUAACAAACUUCUUCCUUCUUCCGUGGAUCAAUAAGAAAGGGGAAACAGGCUUUCCCCUGCCUACCAAUCCGAACAUCAAGUUUCAGGCACCAGUCAUCAAACAAGGAAAGGGUUUCAUCAAACUUGGUGUCAAUGUCCAUUUCACCCCGUCUGUUCUGCUCAUCUAAGUAGCGGAGAGUGAGGCUGACAGACAAAACACAAAUUCGGUGCAAAGCACGACAUGCAAGCGUGAGAAUUUACACAGCUUUGGCAGCUUUAGCUUUAAGCUCCCUCAAAUCACGAAGGGAGAUUUGAACAGGUUCACCCUCUGCGUUAGCGCUAUUUUCACCCGUAUGUUGAGUGUUAUUGUGUUUUUAUAUUAUUGAAAAGAAUCUAAACUAAUUGAUGUCGGUAUUUAUUAUUUACGCAGAUUAUAGAUAGUAUAGUGUGUUUGCUUGUUUGUAUUACGACGUUGGUUUUUGUAUUUUGAUAACAUUUUAAUGAAACAAGCAGGCUUUAUACACUUCGCAGAAUGCUAGAAAGAAAAGAAGAAAUUGCCAGUUUAUACCUGUGUUUCCCCCAACGAAGCUUGAAAUUAACUUUUAAUUUCACCUAAAAUAACCUUUACUGUCAGACAUUGUUUUGGUUUAAUGGAUCAAUACUUAGAAUGUUAUCGUUUCAAACCGAAUCUUAAUUUAAAUCCGGUGAUGGAUUUUGGAAAUAAUCUCGAUUUUGUAAGACAACUGCUUUUAUUUUGUCUAGUGGGAUUACCACAGCAAACGAAAUGUUUUUAACGUCAUUUAACGUCCUUUGAUAUAGGAGGUCAUUAAAAAUGCUCAUAAAAUGAGGAUACUGAAGGAUCCUGUUGGAUAUUGUUAAAACCCCCUUAUAUUUUCCAUCAACAAGCAGGAUCCCGGAAUUGUUAAAUGUGGUCACUGCUGCAGAAGCACCAGUAUUAAAUAAAAUCAUCACCUUGUUACAAAUUGACUGAGAUAAACUGCACAGGUUCAACUGAGACCCCUUUCCCUGAAAAGAACUCAUUAAACUCCGAAACUGCACAAUUAGAUAAACAACGGCUGCCUCCUGGAAUACGCAUCAAGUUCAUCAAGUUUUCAACUUAACAGAAAUUGCAAAGAAGAACCCAAACACAAUUUAAGAUAUGAACUCAGUGAUUGCAUACUCUUGCAAGGUAAAUACCUGUGUAGACUUUCAGUAGGCAGAGUUGAAAACGAUGGUCUCUGCAUAGGCUUCAAAUGAAAUUUUCAGGAUAGGCCUAAGUGGAAAACUCUAGGAGCUUUUAUUAAAAAAAAAGUCUUACAACUAUUCUUGGAGAAAAAGUACUUUGGGACACCCUAAAUUUCAGAGUUGUAGAUCGUCAGUCCACAAGUCAACGUUAACUCACAAGUCAUUUCACAAGUCAGUGCGGAACUAAAGAGACGAAGAGAGAGGAAUGACUUUGUCACAGUUCAUUUAAAUAGCUUUCAAGUUGACUUGUGGCUGAAUGGCUUAUGGUGACUUGCAGUGACUUGUGACUGACUUGAUUACAACUCUGCUAAGUUUAUAUAGGCCUAUACACGUGUUGGAUGAACUCUGUGGCUUAAUUAAGGAAAGACUCCGUGAUCUAUACAGCGAACAAUUGUAUUUUGGGCGUAGAGUGACACGGCAUAUUUUUUCCAUCCACAAAAGGAACUCUGUCCGUUCUUAUUAAAAAAUGACCACCUCAAACAUCCAGUUGUUGAGCAAACUGUAACAGACAAGUUGUAAAUAAUUUCACCAAAUAGAAGUAUGAUGGUUUUCAUACAUUGAAGAGAAAAAAGUUGCAGAAAAGUAAUUGUGUCUAAAAAAGUUCACUGCGGCCACAUUUUAACAAGAUCUGGUAUGCUUUUUGCCGAAUAAAUAAAGCUUGUUCCACCUCCCAAAUAACGUUUUAA